GGUCAAGAUCAGUGGGGAAACAGCUGACCGUCAACCCCACUCAGCUGUUGGAGAAAAGAAUAACCAGAAAUAAUCCAAAAAUACUAUAUAAAAGAGUGCAAGUCAAGUGUGUGGAACAAUCAAGAGAGAAGAGAGAACACAGGGAAUACGGUGGAGCCUGCCAGGUGAUGCAAAGGACAUAAAAUCAGGACCAAUAGGGCAGCCCGUCACCGCCAUGCUGAGGUGUGCCUGGCGGCGCGGCCUUCCCCUGGGGGCGGCACCGGGGGGCAGGCAGUGGGUGGCGGCGGUGGGGGCCAAUCACUGCCUCAACGGGAUUUCGCGCCAGGCUUGCCAGGGCGAAGGAGCAAAGAAGCUUCACACUUCAUCCUGUGAUAACUUCAGAGAAGACAAGAAAACCACCUCCCUGGCCCUUCUUGACGCUGUGAAGCAGGUCCGCCAUUCCCCCAAACCAGCCCUUGCCCUUGGAUUCUCUGGUUUGGUGCCGUUUAUAGCCGUCCCAGCAUACAUGAUGAGCACAGGUAUUUAUGAGGCUGAAUUAGCUCAGGCACAACUGUAUUAUGGAGCAUCAAUUCUCUCCUUCCUGGGGGGCGUGCGGUGGGGCCUAACACUUCCGGAGGGCAGCACUCAGCUCCCUGAUUGGCAUAACUUGGGAUAUAGUGUCGCCCCAUCCUUGGUGGCCUGGCUGGGGCUCCUAGCGCCUCACUCCUUUGGGGUACUAACGGUUAUUGGGGGCCUCGGGGUAGCAGGGUACAUGGAUAUAGCCAUGUGGGGCUACCCAGGCUGGUUUAAGGGGAUGAGGUUUUGCCUUACUUUCAUAGCAGUUUUGUCCCUAUGGACUACACUUAUAUUUAAAAUGACAUUGCCCUCACAGAAUGAUGAAAAGGGUAAAGAGACUGCAAAAAGUGUCACAGAAUAGUAUGGCCUUUAUAUGCUGUUUAUUUAUGUAAUAAAUGUAUAGUAUUUUCA